UUUUGCUUCUCUCAUACAUUUUCAUUUCCAAAUAGAGCACAAGCUUUUUCUCAAUCAUCAAUCUCCCUCGUCGUCAACUCCAAGAACAAAUUUAGAAGCAAAAAAAAAAAAAAAAUCAAAACCAUUGAUUCGAAAUGGCAUCGUGGAAUUCGAUUCCGCUAGAAAUAUCGUACGAGGUCGUAGGGUGGAUCGCGUUUACGUCGUGGUCGAUUAGCUUCUACCCUCAGCUGAUUCUGAAUUUCCGCAGGAAAAGUGUGGUUGGGUUGAACUUCGACUUCGUGCUGUUGAAUUUGACGAAGCACUCUUCCUAUAUGAUCUACAACGUCUGCCUUUACUUCAGCCCCAUCAUUCAAAAACAGUACUUUGACACUUAUGGCGAUCAAGAGAUGAUACCUGUGGCUGCUAAUGAUGUUGCCUUCUCAAUCCAUGCUGUUGUACUCACAGCUCUUACACUCUUCCAGAUCUUUAUCUAUGAACGUGGACCUCAGAAAGUAUCCAGAUUUGCUACUGGUCUUGUGGUUCUUGUCUGGGGCUUUGCAGCUAUCUGUUUCUUCAUUGCUUUACCUACACACUCUUGGCUCUGGCUCAUUACCAUCUUCAACUCGAUUCAGGUUGCCAUGACAUGCGUCAAGUACAUUCCACAGGUUAGAAACGAUUCUGAACUUUAUAUUUUUGCAAGCAGAGUCAUUCAUCUGUAUUACUCAUGUUCAUGUGUUUCUUCACAGGCGAAGAUGAACUUCACUAGGAAGAGCACUGUUGGGUGGAGCAUUGGGAAUAUUCUUCUCGAUUUUGGUGGAGGACUUGCUAAUUAUCUGCAGAUGGUUAUUCAAUCUAUUGACCAAAAUUCUUGGGUGAAUUUCUAUGGGAACAUUGGAAAGACUCUUCUCUCACUCAUCUCAAUAUUUUUCGAUAUCCUCUUCAUGUUUCAACACUAUGUGUUGUACCCUGAGAAGAAAUCCCCAAAAUCUCCGGAAACUGGUGAGGAAUCCAAUGAACCUCUGAUAGAUCCUUCUCAUGAACAUGUUUAGAAUCAAAGUCACAAAACCCUUCUUAGUUCCCAGCCUUCCCUUUGUACAAAAACGUAAAAGAACUCUUCGGACUUGUAGUUUAUCCACAUGUUGUUGUCUUAUUAUUUGAAUAAUUUCAGUGUAUCAUUUAUCUUAGAAACAACGAAUAUGUAACAACACUAUCUUGAGAGCAAGACGAAUGUUACUGUCCAUCAAA